GGUGACUGAAUCAGUUAUGAAGCAAAAGAUCUUCACUUCAAACCGAAACUUCUUCGUUGUUGUCGCCGCAAUCUGCUUGGCUGCACUAGCCACAGCAGAGCCACCUGCCCCACGCAACGGCUUUACAUCUCCUUCGAGCAACUAUCUGCCGCCUAACCAAUCGUUCAAUGGGAAUAACGGUUACAACUAUAACUCAAACGACAAUGGUUACAACUACCCCUCGGGCUCCAACGGCGGAAACUAUCCUGCCCCAUCCCAGCAGUACGGAGCACCCUCUGGUAACGGCGCCAACGGCGGAUACAACUACGAGGACGCUAAUGCUCAACCUGCCAAAUAUUCGUUCGAGUACAACUUGCAGGACUUUGCCUCCGGCAACGACUUCGGACACAUGGAGUCUCGUGAUGGCGACCGAACCGUUGGACGCUACUAUGUCCUCCUUCCCGACGGUCGCAAGCAAGUUGUAAACUACGAAGCCGAUCAAAACGGAUACCGUCCAACCAUCACCUAUGAAGAUGUUGGAACUGGAAACGGAGCUAAUGGUAACAAUGGUGGAUACGGAGGAAACGGUCAGUUCAACGGUUACCAAUAAUCUUCCGGCAUCUCGAGCGACAACAACCCGUUCGAUAUUGU